CAUUCACAAGCAACAAAAUCCCCCCCACCACUUUGCCAUUUUCCCUUCUCUCUUCCCCCUUUUUUUGCUGCCUCCCUUUGCUUCCUCCUCCAGCGAUCAAGCUCUCGCGACUUCUAGAAGCUUCCACGGCGUCUCCCCCCCGAGGCAUUUCUGGUGGGUGGAGCGGGGGGGCGGCGCUCAUGGUGGGCGCAAGGGCUGGGCGGGUCCCAGCGGCGGCGGCGGCGGCGGCUGCGGUGCUCAUCGUCGCUGCGUGCGUCUUCUCGUCGCUGGCGGGGGCCGCCGCCGCCGCCGAGGUGGUCGGGGGAGCGGCUCAGGGGAACACCGAGCGCAUCUCAGGAAGUGCUGGUGAUGUGCUAGAAGACAAUCCAGUUGGGCGGUUGAAGGUUUUUGUUUAUGACUUGCCAAGCAAGUAUAACAAGAGGAUAGUCGCCAAGGAUCCCCGAUGCCUCAACCACAUGUUUGCUGCUGAGAUAUUUAUGCAUCGUUUCUUGCUCUCUAGUGCUGUUCGAACGCUCAACCCUGAACAGGCUGAUUGGUUCUAUGCCCCUGUUUACACUACUUGUGAUUUGACUCAUGCUGGACUUCCAUUGCCAUUCAAGUCUCCUAGGAUGAUGCGGAGCGCAAUCCAGUUUCUUUCAAGAAAAUGGCCAUUCUGGAAUAGAACUGAUGGAGCAGAUCAUUUCUUUGUUGUUCCACAUGAUUUUGGGGCAUGCUUUCACUAUCAGGAAGAGAAAGCUAUUGAGCGUGGGAUACUUCCAUUGCUCCGCCGUGCCACAUUGGUUCAAACUUUUGGACAGAAGAACCAUGUGUGCUUGAAGGAGGGUUCUAUCACUAUACCACCAUAUGCGCCUCCUCAGAAAAUGCAAGCUCACUUGAUUCCUCCUGAUACUCCCCGUUCAAUCUUUGUUUACUUCAGAGGCCUGUUCUAUGACAAUGGGAAUGACCCUGAGGGUGGGUAUUAUGCAAGAGGUGCCCGAGCUUCACUGUGGGAGAAUUUCAAGAACAAUCCCCUCUUCGACAUUUCUACGGAACACCCAGCUACUUACUAUGAAGAUAUGCAGCGCUCAGUCUUCUGCUUGUGCCCCUUGGGAUGGGCACCAUGGAGCCCUAGAUUGGUGGAGGCUGUAGUUUUCGGUUGCAUUCCAGUCAUCAUAGCUGAUGAUAUUGUGCUUCCGUUUGCUGACGCAAUCCCAUGGGACGAAAUCGGUGUUUUUGUUGACGAGGAGGAUGUUCCAAGGCUAGACUCAAUCCUCACAUCCAUCCCAAUUGAUGAUAUCCUAAGGAAGCAAAGAUUACUCGCCAAUCCAUCAAUGAAACAGGCCAUGUUGUUUCCGCAGCCAGCACAACCUAGAGAUGCAUUCCAUCAGAUCCUCAACGGCCUUGCUCGGAAGCUCCCACACCCAGACAGUGUAUACUUAAAGCCAGGCGAGAAGCAUCUCAACUGGACUGCGGGGCCUGUAGCAGAUCUGAAACCUUGGAAAUAGAAAAGCUCACAUGAAAAACUCGGCUUUGAUGUUAUUGUGAAGUUUUAAGUUAUGUCCUUUUCCACUGAGGAGUUUCUAGUUUCACAUAGCUAGAUGAUAUUUAUCAAAGUUGUAUAUCUCCAAUGUCGCUGAGCUAAAUGCCUACUCUGUGGAAGUGAGUGGAACAGUUUGUAGCUUUGUAAUUGUAUAAAAAAAAUUAAAGCAAUGAAUGUCAGAAUU